AUGGUGAAAUCAAUUAGUCUACUGGCAGCAGCUGCUACCGUACUCUCCUGUAUUCGUGCUGCCCCUACAAAUAUGUCAUACAACAAGAGAUCACCUUUUGCAAAGAGAGGUGGCUCUUAUCAAUGCUCUUCAGAUGAUAAUCCCUCUCUUAUGCUGACCCAUUUUGCUGCCGUCUUCUUUGGUGAUUUCGAUACUGAUGGUGGUCAAGAUAUUCUCGGUCCGUUGGCUGUUCAAGGUGAUUUCAAAGCAAGUGGCUACUAUGUCAAUGCGAAUGGAGAUGCUGAUUGUUCAGAUCCCAAUGAUAUCUCUGAAUAUGCUCUCGUGGUUGGUACUUCUGUCCAUGCUAAUCAAGUCCGUGUCAAGGGCGCUGCUGAUGUUCCUGCCGAAACACAGGGCCUUCAAGAAACCCAGAGCUCCUGUGCUAUCAAGACAAAUGUCAGCCUAUACGAUUUUGAUCAAGCACAGUCCAAUGCCAUUGAAGCUUCCAAAACUCUAGCCUCCAUGAAGCCCACUUUAAUGCUGGAUUCCAAUGGCAAACUGACAUCCAUCGGUACAUCUAACAAUGACUUUCAUAUUGUCAUUUUCAAGUCUUGUAACGAUGGUGAUUGCAACCCUUUUCCAGGUCAAAUGUCUGACCCUUCUGCUAUGCUUGAAGGAAUCGGAAACUGGAAUGGCCCCCAAGAAAUGUCAUGGCCCUCUGAUGGCACCCUUGUAUUCAAUAUUCCAAUUGACUCUGGAUCAACCUUUACUCUCAAGGGCAACAAUCCCACAAAUGGCUUAGAUCCCUGUAGAACCGUCUUUAAUUUCUAUCCUUCUGACGCUUCGGGCGCAUACAGAUCUGGAGAUAUCACCCUCAAGCGUAACACUGGAAGUAACUUUGGCGGUUUCUCCUUGGCCCCUGAAGCACACAUUGUAGAUGGAAGCACCGGUGCAUUUGCUGGUACCGUUGUCGGCCAAGACUAUUCUUGGGGCGGCAGUGGCGUUGAAAUCCAUAAUUAUAAUGCGGCAGGUGGUAGUUGUUCAGCAUUUGCUGGUUGCUUUCCCAUUCAUGAUGACAAACCUCCUUCACCUGUUAGACCAGAGACAUCGUCUGCUGUUACUGCCACUAGCACGUCCAUGAAAUCAUCUACUACAGAAUCUAGUAUGCCCACAACCACCACUGAUUCAUCAAGCACUGAGGCCACCACUACCACUGGCUUCUCUAGCUCUGAAGUUACUACCACUACAAGCAGCAAGCAUCAUGAUGGCACUACUUCCAGUACAGAGUCACCUAACACUGAGGCUACUACCACUACUGAUUCCUCAAGCACUGUGGCUACUACCACUACUGACUCAUCUAUUGCUGAGGCUACUACCACUACAAGCAGUAAACACCAUCAUGAUACUACUUCUAGCACUGGUUCGUCAAGCAUUGAGGCUACUACCACUACUGACUCAUCUAGCACUCAGGCUACUACAACUUCCACGGAAGUACAAACUACUACUACCACAGCCGAUCACGGUGGCCAAACAUGUCCUCCAGGUUGUGCCGCUGUAACUGUUACAGUUGUCGAGUAUGUCACCAUUAGUAUAUAA